UGAAUUACUUUUUGGAUAUUUUACCAAUAUGUUUGUGCUGUUUAACACGUAGUUGUGAUAUUGUCUGCAGACGUGGACGAGUGUCGGGGGUCUCCGUGCUCCGACGGUCGCUGUGAAAACACACCUGGAAGCUACCACUGUGUCUGUCGCCAUGGUUACAAGCUGCAGAACAACACCUGCACAGAUGUAGAUGAGUGUGCAGAGCCGUCUCAGUGUCCUGGUCAGAUGUGUGUGAACGCUGUGGGGUCGUACCGCUGUAUGUCCUGUCGACCAGGUUACACACUCACCAACAGACAGUGUAUAGACGUGGACGAGUGUGAGGACAGAGAGUCGUGUCCCGGUCAGCAGUGUGUGAACUCUGAAGGAUCUUACAGCUGUGUGGACUGUCAGAGGGGACACCACAGUGUGAACGGACUGUGUGCAGAUGUGGACGAGUGUGUGCAGGGCUCUCAGUGUCCUGGUCAGCAGUGUGUGAACACUGUGGGGUCGUACCGCUGUGUGUCCUGCCAGCCUGGAUACGGCAGCAGGGACGGCUCCUGUCAAGGUAACGCACACACGCAGAUUAUUACGCUAAAGAUUGUUAUGCUUAAGAUUGUUAUGCUUAAGAUUGUUAUGCUUAAGAUUGUUAUGCUUAAGAUUGUUAUGCUUAAGAUUGUUACGCUAAAGAUUGUUAUGCUUAAGAUUGUUACGCUAAAGAUUGUUACGCUAAAGAUUGUUACGCUUAAGAUUGUUACGCUAAAGAUUGUUACGCUAAAGAUUGUUAC